CAGGGGCGGACUGACCAUUUGGAAACUCGGGCACUGCCCGAGGGCCCGGGUUCAGUAGGGGGCCCCAUGAGAUGCCCCUGGUACCUUUUUCAUAGGCUUUUUUGAGUUUGGGUAAGGACACAGGGGCCCCAUGAUCCCUUAUUGCUUGGGGGCCCCAUGAGUUGUCAGUCCGCCCCUGGUUAGGAUGCAUCCAUUUCCCCAUGAGGGGGUCCUGGAUAAAUAUCACUUGUC